GAUUGGUGGAAUUUGGCAAAAAAAAGUUUUCAACUUUUUUUUUCAUUUUCAAUUGAAUUGAAAAGCUAGAAAUGGACGAAAUGCAUACAACAGCACCAAUGGCAUCUAUGACAUGGAAUGAUAAAAUGAUGAUUCUAUUGGAAAAUUUUAACCAUGAACAAUUUAGCCGUUAUGAAAUGUGUCGUCGAUCGAAAUUUUCUAAAAGUGUAAUGAAAAAAUUCAUUCGUUCCAUAACCGAUGUGAUGAUUAAUGAUAAAACAGCCAUUGCAUUGGCUGGUAUAGCCAAAGUUUAUGUCGGUGAAUUAAUUGAAACCGCUCUAGAUUAUCAACAAAAAAUUGGUGAAAAUGGACCAUUAACACCGAAACAUUUACGUGAAUCUUUUCGACAAUUGAAUCGUAAUAAUCAACGACGUGUUUCAUGUUUUUUUCACCAUGUUUAAUCCAUUAACAAACCACGUUGUGUUUUUUUUUUCCCAGCCAAUGAAUAAACACAUUCAAUUUUGAUACAGUAA